AUGAACCAAACCCUGGAACAGAGAAGAGAGUGUCAGAAGAGCCACCUUGAUGGUAUUGAUCAACUCAAUACAUGUACAUGUCCUCAAAUCAUUCCCUCCCAGAUGAAUGAUCACACAAUUGAGAGACCUAAAACACACCUCCUAAGAGACAGACAAGCACAUAAAUUAUUGGAUAAUGACAUUGAAGGAAAUGGUCAGAAUGUAACUAAUUCUUCUAAUGUGGGAGAGCACUACGGUCCAUCUAUAGAAUUAAUUUAUGCCAUCGAUGACAGACCGCCUUGGUAUUUGUGUAUACUGUUGGCCCUUCAGCAUUAUAUUUUGGCCUUUGGUGGAAUAAUAGCCAUUCCAUUAAUUCUAGCAGAACCCCUGUGUGUUAGUCAUGACAAUGGAGUGAAAAGCCAGCUGAUAAGUACCAUAUUCUUUGUGUCUGGAAUAUGUACCCUUCUUCAAACAACAAUAGGAACAAGAUUACCUAUACUACAAGGGGGGACAUUCAGCUUUAUUACACCUACAUUAGCAAUAUUAUCUCUCCCUCAGUGGAAAUGUCAACAUUCUGAAGUAUUCAAUGGAACUGGAAACUUUUCUAUAGAUAACACAGAGUUAUGGCAGCCUCGAAUGAGAGAAAUUCAAGGUGCAAUUAUUGUGGCUUCCAUUUUACAACUGCUGCUGGGCUUUUCUGGACUAAUUGGACUUCUGUUGAGAUUUAUCGGACCCUUGUCUAUAACUCCGACUAUUACACUUAUAGGGCUCUCCUUAUUUGGUGAGGCGGGAAAGAAAUGCGGUGCUCACUGGGGGAUCGCUGCAUUAACUAUUGCCUUAAUCGUUAUUUUCUCGCAGUACCUGAGAAAUCUAGAGCUACCCUUCAUAUCCUACAACAAAGGAGAAUUUAAAAUCAGCAAGUAUCCUGUUUUCAAACUUUUUCCAGUAUUACUGGGGAUGUGUUUAUCCUGGCUGAUCUGUUACAUUUUGACAUACUUCAAUGUACUUCCAAGAAACCCUGCAGAUUAUGGUUUUGCUGCUCGGACCGAUAUUAACAUUGAUGCCAUAAUCAAUUCCCCCUGGUUCCACGUCCCAUACCCAGGCCAAUGGGGUUGGCCGACAGUCAGCCUCUCCUCUGUACUGGGGAUGAUAUCAGGGGUGCUGUCUUCCACUAUUGAAUCUGUUGGUGAUUAUUACACUUGUUCAAGAUUAUCUGGAGCUCCGAUACCACCAACACAUGCCUUAAAUCGUGGCAUUGGAAUGGAAGGCAUAGGAUGCAUUUUGGCUGGUAUAUGGGGAACAGGAAAUGGGACAACAUCAUACAGCCAGAAUAUUGCAGCUUUGGGAAUUACAAAGGUUGGAAGCCGCUUAGUCAUGCAGAUUGCGGGUAUCCUUUUAAUCCUACUAGGACUAUUUGGAAAAUUUGGAGCUAUUUUUAUUACAAUUCCAGAGCCCGUCAUUGGAGGGAUGUUCAUGGUGAUGUUUGGCAUGAUUGCAUCAGUGGGAAUGUCAAAUCUCCAGUAUGUGGAUUUAAACUCAUCAAGAAAUUUGUUUAUUUUGGGAUUUUCAAUAUUUAGUGGCCUUGUUAUUCCAACAUGGCUGGCAAAUAAUCCAGGCAUUAUCAGUACAGGUAUAAAGGAAGUUGAUCAAACCGUAACAGUACUUCUCACAACAAAUAUGUUUGUUGGAGGAUUCUUUGGUUGUUUUCUAGAUAACACCAUUCCAGGUACAGAUGAAGAAAGGGGAACUUCAGCUUGGCAUAAACAAAUGCAUGCAGGGAAAACUAAUGGCAGUGAAGGACAAUCUUGUUAUGAUCUGCCUUUUGUCACAAAAUACCUAAGAAGGCUUUCGUGGAGUCGAUACAUUCCAUUCUUGCCAACAUUUCAGAUGGAUAGGAAUUAAGUACCCUCCUCCAACACAUCGUGCUUCAUAAACCUCAUCCACAGACCUCACGCACGAUUUCCCUUUUAUCAGAAGCAAAGAAUCAUCACAAGUAUUACUCCCAAACUGAAUGAUUCCUUGUCCUGUAACUCAGCAACAGGUUCACAGGCUGCAUUAUCAGCUAGGGAAUAUUCCCAGCUGUGUAAAUCCUUUACAUGCAGCAUUUAGCAUUAAUUGAGUUAUAUGAAAAUGAUCUGUUUUAUGCAC